AUGGUCAUACCUCUGCAGGCAUUUCUUAACAGUCUUCUGAAGCUAUUUGACCCAUCUGCAAGAGGACCCCCACGCCGGGAAACUGAGGGAGAAGGCCAAGGUAAGACCACUUUUUGUCUUGCCUUGAACACAGACGGCCGGAAAGCAAGACUGACCUGGGAGCAAGGAAGCCUUAAUCUUUACGCUCUAUCGGAUGAAUAUGUCGACGCUCGCAUCAUGGUAAAGAUGUCUGAUAUUCUUCUGAUGAUCCCACAAGAAAACCCAGUGGUGUUCCUAGACGUAGCCAACGCAACCGGCAAACUGGGCCGCGUCUGCAUCAGAGUUUGGUCUCACUUGCGGCGCGGCCAGCAGUUCCUGGCGUUGUGCCAGGGUUAUCUCGGCCCCACGCUCAGGGGGUCAAAAUUUCUGGAUGUAGUGGUGGAAAGCAAAGCUACAUGCCUUCGCGGAGGUCAUUAUCUGAGCGAAGAUGGCCCCACUGCAAAGGCGCUGAUGGAUAACCUGGAGUGGAACGAAAACCAUGAACUUCCAGGACGCAAGGGUUACAUUACAGGCUGGAGUUACCAAGCAGUAGAGUAUGAAACUCUUUUUGGUAUAUUAUUGAAUGACUCCCAUGCUAAUUUCUGCUGCCCCUUUGGCGAGGUGGUUGAGGGCAUGUCAGUGGUAGAGAAAAUUGCCAGUUGCAGCGCGGUGCGAGAUGUAACCAUUGUGGAAGUGGGGAGAGUGAUUCCUGAGUUCGUCACUGAGGAAUAGCUAUAACUGGAUAAAUGCAUUUAAGUUUUAGUGGGAAAAGUAGAGGUGGCUUUGUAGUGAUUUUGAGAGGUUCAAGGUCUGAUCCAUUCUUUAAAAAAAAUGUAAUGCUAACAAAAAAAUGAAUAAAUAAAUGGCAGGUUUGUGGUAGGCCGAAAAAGAAAGGUAGAAUGUCUACAUUUAUUUAAAACAAAGAAACCGAAACACAAAAAAUAUAAA